AUGGAGCAGGGUCCGCCGCAGAACCCGUACACCUUCACACGGGAGGACUACGACAGUCUGGUGGCGAGGACGCCCAACUGUCAGAUCAGCAAGCGCUCGAAGUACGAGGAGAUCGAGCUCGUGGACGACUGUACGCUAUUCGACAUCUACCGCCAGCCGCGUGCUCCCGUGACAGACCCUAACGCGACCAGGACGUUGUCAGUGCGGCAGCUAAACGCCGAUCUCACGUGUCCUAUCUGCCUAGGCAUCAUCAAGGAGACGAUGGUGGUCAUGGAGUGUCUACACCGCUUCUGCGGUGAGUGCAUCUCCACCGCCAUCCGCCACAGCAAUCGCGAGUGUCCGUCGUGCCGCAUCCACAUCCCGUCCAAGCGUUCACUACGUCCUGACGCCAACUUCGACGCACUGAUCCGCAAGAUUCACCCCAAUUUGGCCGAGUUCGAGCGCAACGAGGACCAGAUCAUCGAGAAGGUUAACCGGACCAGACAUUUCCACAAUGCCUACACAGAGAGCGCACGCAUGGGCGUGCUUAGUCAGGCGGCGACACGGCGCAACGGUCGAAAGAAGACGGAAGGAGCCACGUCGGCCUCGUCGUCUCCAACGAACACGCCGUCACCUCCAGUUGGAGAAAAGCGCGACUCUCCUGAUGGUGGCUCGCCCAAUGACACGGCUCCGUCGUCUGCGGCUGCUUCGGAGGACGAAUCAGCGCGCAAGAAGGCCAAAAUUGCUGCCUCCAAGCCGGCAGACACCGUGGCUGAUCGUGUGAACUUCCGUGUGCUGCUACAUGAAGACGAACAGCCCAAUGCGCCUAAACUGGAACGCACGCUGUUUACCACGUCGCCCAAGCUGAAGAUUCGCCACUUGAAGAAACACCUGGCUGCUCUACUUAAGCUUGACACGUACGAUAACAUGUGCAUCGUUCUACCUUGUGUGAACUGCACGCUCAGUGGUCUGAGCGAAUUGGCCAAAGCUCGGAAAGACACCGGUGUUGCCAUCCGCCAGGACUUGCAGUGCGACCAGGAGCUGGAGAACUUCCUGACACUUCAAGAUAUUUAUGAACAAUACGGAAUGGGCACGGCGUGGCAGCUGCGGCUGCUUUAUCAUUUCUCCCAGGGCACGAUCGUCAAUGGCAUCGCUCGGUUCGUUGCUGCAACGGCCAACAACUCGUAA